UCUUUUAUUUUGUAGAAUGAUCUCUGAAUACAAUUGCUCUGAUAAUCCUUGGUUGAAGAAACUAUAUGAGAUGAAAGAGAAAUGGUGUCGAGCUUUUUCAAAAGAGUUCUUUUCAGCUGGAACCUUGUCUUCACAACGAAGUGAAUCCACAAAUCAUUCUUUGUCUAGAAAAAUGAAUGCGAACUCGUCUCUUUGUGACUUUUACCAUUUUUUCAGUGAGGCUGUCAGUGAAUGGCGAAGUAAUGAACGAAAAGAUCAUCAACGUUGUUGGGAUGGUUAUCCUGAAAUUGCUAUUCCCUAUGUUGGUUUGUUACAUAAGGCAUCCAAGGUUUACACGAUUGAUGCAUAUAAACUCUUUGAAAAGGAAUUUAUGAGAGGUGGACUCGUACAGCAAAGUGUCACGUAAAUGAAGAAACUCAUGAUGUAGCUGGUACUUCUACUGUCUUGCCUUCUGUUUGGAGACUGCAAAUGCAAAAGAAAUAUCACAAGCUGUUAUGCUCUAGUGAUUCAAAUUUUGCAGCAAGGAAGUUAUGUGAAGACUCUUUUAAAAGUUUGAAAGUUGCUAUUCAAGAUCAAGUUGGAAGCAUUUAUUUCUCAGAUAGUGACUCCACCUCUGUUGGUGCGCCUUCAGCAAUCUCUAAUCCAAAAACUUCAAGGAAGAAGGGUGAAAGAAAUGUGCGUCGCAAAAGUAUUAUUGAAGUCAAAACAAAUCAAGCUAGAGGAAAGAAAAAGUUACGUCAAAUGAGCACAUCAGUCACUGAUCAUGCAACUUUGUAAUCAGAUUAUUAUAUACUAUUGUAUUUGUCUUCUUCUAUUUAGUUUCUGUUUUUUUAAAACAUAUGUGUAAUCUUAUUACUCAACGUCGUUGUUUUAAUGUUCAAAAGAAACCAUAUGCGUGCUCAUAUAUAUUAAUAUUUAUAAUUUACUCUUA